UCGCUCCCACUACUUUCGCCGUGAGUCGAGUUGCUGCACCCCGGAGUUGAGAUCGCGCUCAUGAUUCGCUCCAUUAAUAAGUAAACAGUUGGGUGUCAUGGCGGAAUCCGCAGCCUGCCCCGUUUUCCAGCUGGGGAGAUCCAGAUACGACCAGGGUUCGUUUUUGGGUCGUCUGAGACACUUUGUGGACAUCAUCGACCCCAGCACCUUGUUUGUGUCCGAGAGCCGACUGAAAGAGAGCUUGAAACUCUUGGAGGACUACAAACAUGGAACCCUCCCUCCUGGAGUCUCAGACCUUCAGCUGUGGGAAGCUCAGAAGAUCAAGCAGGCCAUCAUUCACCCUGACACAGGAGACAAGAUCUUCAUGCCAUUUCGAAUGUCAGGUUAUGUACCAUUUGGAACGCCGAUUGUCAUUGGCCUUCUCCUCCCAAAUCAGACUGUGGUGUCCACCAUUAUCUGGCAGUGGCUGAAUCAGAGUCACAAUGCCUGCGUCAACUACGCCAACCGCAACGCCACAAAGCCAACACCAACAACCAAGUUUCUUCAAGGAUAUGUCGGAGCUGUGACCAGUGCUGUCUCUAUCGCGGUGGGCUUGAACAUCCUGAUCCAGAAAGCCAACAGGCUGAGUCCGGCCACCAGAAUGAUCAUUCAGAGACUUGUCCCCUUCCCAGCUGUAGCCAGCGCAAACAUCUGCAACGUGGGUCUGAUGCGACACAACGAGUUAUCUGAAGGCAUCGACGUGCUGGACCAUAACGGCAAGGUGGUGGGCUCCUCCAAAAUUGCUGCAAAACACGCCAUCGCUGAGACCGCCUUCACACGUGUGGUCCUCCCCAUGCCCAUCUUCGUGCUGCCCCCCAUCAUCAUGUCCUACCUGGAGAGACUUCGAUUCCUCCGGAGCAACCGCCGACUGCUUCUGCCCAUCCACAGCCUCGUCUGCCUGGUGACCUUUGGCCUGUCGCUGCCCGUGGCCAUCAGCCUCUUUCCACAGAUGUCUCAGAUCGAAGUGUCUCGUCUGGAGCCGGAGAUUGCCAUGGCAACCGAUUGCAAGGUGGUGACCUACAACAAAGGUUUAUGAUGGAUGGGGAGGAAGGGAUGGGAGGAGAUCAGCCAUGGAACGCCAUCCAUCCUGAUGCUUCCAUGCUCUGCUGCGUCUUCAGAGCAAACUAACUGUUUUUAACUCACUCCCGUGUCCCAAUUCCAGCACAAACCAGCAGCUGUGUCUCUGUACAUAGAUGAAAUCAUAUAGAGAAGAUUUAUAGUAUUUUAUACGACCUUACAAUGAGCUUUUCGGUAUUUUGGAUUCCUGUCAACAAAGACAGGCACGUUGUAUUACACCUUAAAUUUGUAUCUGAUCAUGGAUCAUAGUGUCAUGCGUAGACGCUAACAACAGUAUGGUGUGUGCUCAACAACAGGAAUCUUUUAUGUUCAUUUUUGCAAUUUAACUGAGGGAUUUUUAUUGCAUAAAUUUGUUAUAUUUUUUAUGUAACUUUGGUGUUUAAUUAUUGAAAUUUUAUUUUAUUAAUAUUGUUAUUUUGUUAUUAUUGAAACAAAACAAAAAUAUGUCUAGAAGGAAAUUGUCGCCAUGGAGCUUCUCAAAAAAAAUUCAGUUCAGGUUAGUAUUAAUGCAAUAAAAUGAAUACAUAUUAAUGUAUAUUAUAUUGCACCUAGAUUUAGACUGUUGUGUUUUAACUUGACUUUAACAUAAAAUGAAUACAAGAGAAGCCACACAAAUCAACAGACAUAAACUUUCUUUUAUUUAAAAAAAACAAACAAACAUAUAUAGUACGUUUCUGAAGUUAAUCAAAAUUGUAUGACAACAUUUAUUAAAAAUAUAUGUGUGUAUAUUUAAUAAGGAUUACAUUUAUAGUGUUUUGGUUAAAAGCAACAACAAAAUACCUCUCAAGGAUUAAUGUCAUGAAAGACUUGCUGUUUAAUACUCAUUUUGUUGUUGCAUCAAAUUCAUUUUACAUUUUUUCUACUGACGCAGACAAAAGCAUUGGUGCUCCAUAUAAAACAUUUUUUUUUUUGGUUAGAAAAGUUUGGUUAUAAAACAUUGAUUUGACUUUUAAUCAAUAAACAGAGUUUGUCCACUGCUGAAAUCUCUGCUGUGACCCUUGUAAAUGUUGACGAAACAUCUCAAGAUUGUUAAUAUAAGUUAACAUGAACCUGACAAUGUGAGAACUGGUAUUUCCUAAAACUACUGAUGACUUUGCUGCACACUAUUAAAUGAAU